AUGGCCGAAGGGAUUAAAACUUUGCAAUCUCUGUACUCGCGCUCGCGGAGGUCGUUUUCCGACGGCCCUUCUUCGAACGAAGCGAGUGGAUCUCGUCGUACUGCUCGACGAGACCGAGGACAUCAGCAAUCAGCUGGACACGAGGCUCCCAGCUGUCCCAUGCCGGUGGAUAGCCACGCCAGCGGACGAGUUAACUCGUCCGGACGCAAUUCACAUCUCAAUGGUUCAAAAUACGCUCAACCAGAAAGCGUUGACAACUGCCAGAAUCCACUAAAGGAUGUGGUGGUGGUGGGAACACCUAAUCCGGCUCGAGGGUCGGAUCAUAUUGAUGUGCAGGAGCUGAAUCGUGUAACCGAUCAGUUACACGAUGACCUGGCUCAUGAACGGACUCGGCGUUAUGAGCGCCAUGAUCUGGUAAAGGACGAUUACAAAUCCUUAGCGCACGAUCGUUCGGAUCAUCGUGCCGCGUUUGCGUUUGCACAGCUUGAGAGAAAGAUCUAUAGCGAAGGCAAUUAUCUGGGUUAUCGCUUCGCUAGUCAACCAGACUGGCUCGUUGAAACGGUACUACUCGAAGGUGGUGUCGGCUCUCGACCGCGGAGGUGUUAUUCGCAUCUCGAAACGGGCUUGUACUGA